CAUUUACAUGCUUUGUAGUGCCUUGGGAAUUUCCAUUGGGUAAGCGACUACGCUCAUGACAUCUUCCAAACACUGAAGGAGUCCGAGAUGCGAAGGCGACGUAUCCGUUUCCUUUCCAGGCAAAUUGAUUAUAGGCCACAGCUCAUUCAACUCUGUCAGUUGAUCAUACGCACAUACAAACUCAGCCGUUGUGCACUGCAUCUGUCCAUAUACUAUCUGGAUCGCUUUAUGGAUGUCUACACGAUCAGAGCGGACAAGUUGCAGCUGGUGGCUCUCACCUGUCUGCACAUUGCAGCACAGAUCGAGAAUCGGGAUGCUUUUGUGCCACGCUACAGUGAUAUGAAUCGCAUUGUGAUGAACUCUUACACACUCUUCGAGUACAAGGCUGUGGAACGCAAGGUGCUCACAUUUUUCGACUUUCAACUGAUGCGACCCACCACAGCAAGCUUUAUAGAGAUGCUGUCGUGCAAGUAUGUGACCCGAGACGAUUAUGUAGACUACAUGAAGAGCUUGGAUGAAUCUCCGGUACUAGCCGAGAGUUUGCCGCGUUUUGAGAGCGUGGAACAAAUGAUGACGUCAUUGGCAUCGGUCCUAUUAUUAAUGGCCGACUAUACCCUUAACUUUUAUAAAUUAAGCAACGAUCUGCCUUCAUUGCUGGCAGCCGCCUGCAUUGCUGCAGUGCGUCAAGUGAGCGGAUUGCCAAAGGUCUGGACACCUUUUCUCACCAAGCUAACGUCCUACACCGAGAAUAUGGUUGAGCCAUAUAUCAAAAUCAUAACCCUUUAUCAUUUCUAUCAUAGUCCGGGCCACGUCGUGAGAAGCCACAAAUCGGAGACUUUGUGGCAAAGUCCCGAUUCCGGUUUCGAGGAGCAAUUGUUGCCACCACGCGUCAAAGUUGUUGCAGCGUCAAAAAUCGAGACCUUAAAUUUUAUAAGCUUGAAGUUGGAAGCGACUGAUAAAGAAAACACGACACGCAAGCUCAGUCGCGAUUAUCAAUACGAAGUGCAGGAUUCGAAGCGUUCGAAGUUGGAUCAGACCUAACACAAUGAUUUAAUUAGCUUUCGAAAAGCAACUAUAUAGUAGAUAAUAUAUUUAGAGGGAUUCUUGAACAAUGAAUGUUCAAGUUGAAGCUAAGUUUUUGAGUUUAUUAAAAAAUUUAUUCUUAAUAAGUUUAUUUACAAGAUGUACAUAUUGAUUUUUAAAAUAUGUACAUACUUAUAUACAAUACGGACGGCUGUGGCAAAUUUUGUGACAAAUCCAUCUGAAAGAAAAGAGCAUAAAAAUAAAACACAUUUCUUUUUGUUUUCCAUGAGAAGGCUUUCGGUGUUUUCUUUUUUAAUAUUGUUUGUAUAUAUUAGCUGUUUUGUUUUUUUUCUCUUAGUUAACUUGUGUUUUUAUGUUUUUGAUUUGUCGGCAUAAUUUUGUUUUUGGUUUGUUUUUCCAUUGUUUUUUUUUUUCUCAUUUAAAAUUAUGUUUUUAUACAAUUGGACCGAAAAUAGAUUUUCAUUUACAAUUUUUAAAG